AUGCCGAUCAUAGAUGUAGAGAAUAUGACGGACUUGGACAAAGCCAAAAUGGAAGUAGACCAGCUUAAAAAAGAGGUGAAGCUAGAGAGGGCACAGGUGUCUAAGUGCUGUGAAGAGGUCAUGGAGUACAUUCAAAGUGGCACAGAUGACGAUCCCUUAGUUAAAGGCAUCCCUGAGGAGAAGAACCCAUUUAAGGAGAAGGGUGGAUGUGUCAUUUCAUAA